GAUUUUACAUUCAUAUAGUGAGAUAAGUUCGUUGAACACGAGAACAGAGUACGUAAAAUUAUUUUUUUAUAUAAUAUUGUUCACACCCACUUCGGAAUUUAUGGUUAAAAGAAUCAAUCAAUUAAUGAUUUCGAAAAUCAUAAAUUAAGAAGAGAAGUAAUUUUUGAUAGGUAGUAAUUUUUUAAAUAUCCAUCAUUAUUUUUCUUAAAUCUAUUAAGAAUGUUAAAAUAUUAUUUGGAUUAAGGUGCAUGAUUUUGCAAUUAUAAACAUUACUUAUUCUCCCACCCAAUCCAAAUUAUCAAUCAAUACAUUACCUAUGUGGUAUUUAAGAAUUAGGCACUCCAGGUGACCAAGCAUAACUUUAAGUACCUAGCUCCUUUUACAUUAACAUAGACAUAAUUAUAAAAUACUUGGUGAUGUAGUCUCCCACAAGACCACAAAUAACUCCCUCCCCGCCUACAAUAAUUUGUCAAAUCUUAAUACCCUGAAAUAGUCUUUAUCAUAAAACUAAAGCCCCUCUUCUCUUGAAACACAUUAUUUUAUACUUUGGCAUUAGUUAAAAAGUCGGAAUUAGCAUUGGUCAGAUAGCUAGAUAGCUCAGUGGGAGAUUACUUCCCUUGAAUUUAAUGAAUUUAAUUGUUACUUGUCCAGUCGAGGAGAUUUCAGUUCAAUUUCUGGUAUAAUCACCUGAUUUAAAGCUUUAUUUUUUUGAUUUUAAUACAUAUUAAUAUCAUCCAAAUUAAACAAUGGGAAAUUACUUUUUAAAAAGUUAAGAAAUAAUAAUUUGUCAUUUUCAAUGUCUACUAAAUAAAUAAAAAUUAGAAAUAAUCUAAUUGUAAAACUGUUUUUAGCUACCUAAUAUAUUAUAAUGUGAAUAAAUUGUACAUAUACUUGGAGUUUUACAAUUAAAAAAUAAUAUUAAUAUCAAAUAAAUAAAUAAAAUAUAAUGUAUAUAUAUUUGUAUAAUAAUACAAAUUGUUGUAAAAUGAUGAAUACAAUUAUAAGAUAUGCGUUUGCCAUGUAACAGUUUUACAUAAAAUAAUAUAUGAAAAUAUUGUAAUUUCACUUUGGUGAAUUUGCAAUAAUAGAAUAUAUUAUCUGCAAAGGCUAUUUAAAAUAUAAAAAUCUUUUUAAAAGAAGAGCGAAUUCAUUUUAGUGUUAAUUUUAUUUCUCAUAUUGUCUAAUGAUUAUUAUAUUAUUAUAUUAUUACUAUUCAUCAUGAUGAAUAGUCAAAUUUGUCCAGCUAAAUUGAUAGGGUGUUUAUAAAUAAUUAAAUAAUGCCUUAAAGUUUUUGAUAAACAUAAGUAUCAAUGUCAUAUAAUUUAUAAUUAAAACUAAUAUUACAAAAAUAAUGGGGAACCCAAGUCCUACACUGGAUCAAUUACAAAGUUUUUCAUUACCUCAUAGGUACAAAUAUAUCUAUAGACUUGCUAAUCUUAUUCAAAUAAUGACUAAGUGUUUAUUGUGUAAUCUUGCUACUGCAAUAUAUCAAAACGAUUUGCAUCAUCAAACACCUAAGUAUGUUUGUUAUAACAAACCGAAUUAUAUGUAUAUUAAACCUAGCCAUGGUUUUCUAACAAUUAGUUGUUAAAAAGUUUUACUAGUACAAAAUAUCCUUUGUUGGCUACUGAUAUUCUUAAUAUUAUUUCAUUGUACAUGUUAUUAGAUUUAUUUUGAUUUGUCCCUAAGUAUUUAAAAUCAUUUACUGCUUGGAAGGUGUGAUCCCCAACAGUUAGAUCCAUUAUAUUUACAUUUCUUCUGCUGCCAACUAUAUAUUUUGUUUUGCCUUAGUUGAUUUUAAGACCCAUUGAUUUAGCUGCUUUAAUUAGAUCAAUUAAUCAUUAAUCACAUGAUGAUGUGAUUACCUUUCACGAGUGUUACCUAGCACCACAAAGUCAUCCACAUAAGCAAGAAUAACACAUUUAAACAUUUAUUUCAGUUUUUUUUCGUAAUAAUAAUUAUAAUAAUUCAAUUACUAAUUCAUAACACUAGUUUUGAGAAAUAAAACCCAUUGUAUAAAUAUGAAGUUGGGUAUCCAAUGUUUACUGCAUAUGGUUGAGGGUAAGAAGUAGUCUUGUAAAAUGUCUAGAGGUUAGUUUUUUAUGUGUCAUGAGUGUAAGACAUUCUCUGCUUUUAUACCUUUCAAUCGAACCUUCAUUAUAUACACAAAAAAUGUGUGUAUUAUCUACCUUUGUUAUCAUAGAGUAAUUAUGAUAUAGGUAACAAACACAGAGUAAUAAUAAUAGUACUUACCAAUAAUUCUUUUGGUUGGUCUUUAAAGAUAUUCUAUCUCGGGUCUAGAAAUCAAUUUUUUUUAAAAUAAAACAUUUUUUGUUUGCCAUAGAUGACAGAAAGGUCAUCAGCUUUUAGCAAAAUAAAAUUUAGUUAAAUGCUAGUUUACUGUUUUGUGAAUACUUUUUAGUUUUACAACAUAAUAAAAUACAUUAUAAUUUAACUUUGUUAGAAAUUCUGUCAAAAUCAAAAUAAACAAGGAAAGUUAAGGUAGACAUAAAACUAUAAAAAAAGGAAAAAUUUAAUUUUCAACAGAUUUUCAUUGUUAAACAAUGCCUUAUCAUUUCUUUUUUGAUAUUUUUUUUUUAAAAAUAUGGAUACUAUUAGUAUAUAUCAUCAUACCUGUACAAAAUUUUUAAAAUUGUUAUAUUAAAUUUAUAAAAUGGUGGAAGAAACGUAAAUUCUGAUCGAACAAAUUAGAAAAUAUUUGUUCUUGUUCGAUACAUUUCAUCAAAAUUAUAAAAAUGUAGUAAAAAAAUUGUUUUUUUUCUUUUAUUUUGAAGGGCAAGUAAAAGAAGUUGCUCUUCGUCAGAAUUUGACAUAUUGAAUAAAUAAUAGGUAGUAUAAUUGCAAAUAUAUAUUAAAGGUUUUCUCGGAUCCGAAAUCCGAAAUACAACCCGUAAGAUGCUUUAUUAUAGCAAGUAAGUCUAUAUUAUUAUAAUGUGAAUACUUGUAUUAUGACGUAGAAACAAUCCCAUAAAUAUUAGGUAUAAAACCCGUGAUCCGUCCAAUCUGUCUGUAACGAUUGGUCGAUGACGUAUGACGACCAGAACCGGAUUGAACCGGCGAACUACAGGGGGAAAAUCUCUGCUCCAAAUUAUUAUCCUUAUUUUUAUAGUAUGUAGGUAUUAUAAUAUACAAAUGAUGAUUUUUUUUUUUUGCACAUCACUGAAAUAGCCCUUGUAAAACUCCGCCUAUAUUUCCAUUUUAUCUUCUCUAUUUCUCAUCUACAACAGUGGCCCACCUACGUGUGAAGUAUGUCCGUCUUUUUUCGGGAUUUUUAGGUUCUUUAGUACGUUUUUAAAGUGGCGGUUAAUUUUUUUGUAAAAUUUUAGAUAAGCUUGUUUCUUGUAAUUGUCAACUUUUUUUUCUUUUUAAGUCUAUAAUUCGCAAAAUAACGAAUGUUCAACGAAAAAGAAUAACCCUGUUUAUAAUAAAUAUAAUGUUACAUAUUAUUCUGUAAACUAUAAUAAACAUGAUUUCAAAUUAUUCAUCGAAUAUAACUAAAAUUGGGUUGUAGUUCGAUAAUAAACUUUCAUCACCAAUUUUCAUGUUAUAUUUCAAAACUUAGAAGUACAACAGAGUUAUUAGAUUUGUCCUAAAACAAAAUAAUGAUGAACAUAACGAUAAGAAAUAUUAUUUUAUCACUAUUUUCAUUAAUUAUUAUUUUGACAAUUAUUCAAUUUAAAUUUUUUUUAUCAUAAGUAAUAAAAUAUAAUUUUCAAUAUUGUGACAGUGAUUAAACUAUCACAGAUAUUAUAUAUUGUUAUGAUUAUAAUUACAAUUAUUAUAAUUAAAAUUAGUUCAUUAUUAUUACUUCAAGGUUAAUGGUACGAAUGUAUGAUAACAACUUUGUGCCGUAAUCGACUGUGUAAUAAUAUUAUAAGUACAAUUUAUAACGACCCAUAACAAAGCCGCUUCCAUAUGCUUAAAACUAUCUAUGGUGGUGCUAUCUAUAACUGUGGUAUUAACUACUAGCAAAUUUGCCAAAACAAUAAUUGAUAACAUUAUUAUAGUAAUGACAGCACUAAAGUUAACAAUCAUAAAAAAGAAAAUGAUUCAUUGUUUGUAUUUAUCAUAAUUAUUAUUGGUAUACAUUUUGUUAAUUCUAACUUUGGUGUUUAUAUCUGAAAAAUACACAUUCCGAUUUUAGUUUAAUAGUGUUGGAUAUUAUAUUAUAUUCUGUUUCUACAUUUUUAAUCAAGUGAGUUAUUUUAUUUUGUUUAACAGUUGUAACUAAUAUUUUUUUUUAUUAAAUGUAAAUACUUACAACUAUCAAUUAUUUUAAUCAAUCCAAUUAUGUGAAGUUUUGUUUGAAAUUAAAUUUGAAUUUCAAUUCGAUUCGCCCUUCAAAAGUUUUUUUUAUUAUUUAAUAAUUAAUUAUUUCAACAUAUAUAAUGUUCUUACAAUAAUAAUUAUUAAAAUAAAUUAAAAUUAGAAUAAAAGUUGUAUUAUACAAUAUUGAUAUAAUAUAUAUUUAUAUUGUGCGUUUUUUCGUUGUGUAAAUUAAAUUGUGAAAUAUUCGUUUUAUAUUAAAAAAGUACUUAAAAAUUAGUAGUAUUUUGUAAGUGGCUUUAUUUAUGUACAAGCUAAUAUUUGUAUAAACAAUUUUAUUUUAAAUAUUAUAACAAAUUCUUUCUUAAUAUUUGUAGGUUUACACUAUUUAUCUUAAUAGGUAAAAUUGGAUUAAAAUACGUUAAGAGAUGUUCUUAAAACGUUUAUAUGAUUGUGUAACCUAACCAAACCUACUAAAUUUAGUUUGUUAACCGAUGGUUAGUGCUGAAAAUAUUUGACUGGACAUUUUAAGAAUAGCCUUGAUUAAUUUUGAUAAAGUACUAUACGGACAUAUAUUCUAUGUAUCUAGCAAUAUAAGUAAUUACAGUAAAAGCACGGAUAGUAAUAUGAGUUAAAACUUUAAGCAAUGAUAAUAAAUAAUAUGAGAUGUUAAUAGUAAUGACAAUAGUAAAAUUUCAAUAAAAUAGAUUAAGAGACAUCUACCUAGUUUAAAUAUUUUUUCCGGGAGACUGAUGUCUCAUAAAUAGGUCUGUAAAUAGAUUGAUACAAUAUCAAUGUAAAUGUAGAAGAGGUUAACAAUUUUUCAAAGAAUUUAAAUCAUUUUGGAGGAGAUAUUUGUUGCUAUACGCUAUUGUAUAAUUUUAGCCAUUGGUGCUGUCAUAUUAUUAUAAUAAUCAUUUUUUUUUUUUGUGAUCCAUUUUUCUAAUAUAAAUUUUAUUUAUUUAACUUUUUACUUUAGAAUUAUAAAUUAUGAGUAACAAUUACAAUUUCCAAAGAUCUGAAAUGGAAACUCCUUUACAAAGUUCACACUAUAAUCCUUCCAGAGAAACACUUGGGCGUUAUUCUGAAUAUUCAUUACAUUCCAGUUACAAAAUGCGAGGAGCAGAUACAGGUUGUAAGUUUUUGAUUAUCAAAAGAAUCUAAUAGUUACAAACUAUUUUUAUUUUUUUUUUCUUAGUGUGUAUAACAUAUUCUUAAAGAAUAUUUAAUAUUUAUACAUAUUUUAAAUUCUUUUUCUUAUUUGAAAAUUAUAUUUGUAUACUAUUUAAUUUCUUUUAGCUUCCAAUUCAGUGGCAUGUACAACACGAAUUCCAUAUGCCACUUUAAUUGCUGCUGCGUUAUGUAUAACAGGUGUUGGAGUGUUCUGUAGUACAAUGUAUCGUGGGACAACACUAACUGCAUUAAUGUUGGAUCAAGUAUUUCAUCUCUCUACUGGCUGGUAUUUUAUUUUUUAAAUACAAUUAUAUGUUUACUCGAUUAGCAUUAUGACAAAGUGGUUUACAAUUUGCAAUUAUGUGAUGUAAAUCAAAAUUUACUUCUUACUACAUUAGGGUUAUUAGGAUUGUUCUGUAGUACAAUGUAUCGAGGGACAACACUUACUGCAUUAAUGUUGGAUCAAGUAUUUCAUCUCUCUACUGUUUGGUUUUUGGUAUUUUAUAUUUUGCAGGCUUGAAACUAUCAAAACAAUAUUAGUGUUAUUAGUAGCUGGAAUGGGAGCUCUUACGUUAAUGAUAAUAUUCAUUGGGUUUCUGGCAACUGGAGCUACACGCCGUCAUAUAUAUAAGGCAUGGCGAAAUCGAGUUGGCGGACGUAUAUCUUGUGCAGUUGUAAGUACCAAAAAAGAAAAUUAAUUUGUUUUAAAUUAGAACAAUGUAUAUAAUAAUUACAUGUUUUAAUGUGGAUAUGUUUUUGGGGACAUAUAUUUAAAAUGAAAGCUGACUGGUUUCAUGGUCCAAUUUUUAUUGAUAACUAUAGUAAUAAUAAUAAUUUAAUAAAAAAUAAUUUUUUAAAUAACAUUAUAAAACUAUAUAAUACUUACAGUAUUAGAAUCUUAUAAAAAAAAAACCUAACCAGUUUUUCCUAUUAACAUAAUUCUUGGGCUGGUGUCUAUCUGAAAUUAGCAUCAUGAAUUGUAUACUAGAUCAUUUUGUAUUGAUAAUUUUGCAAUACCAGAAAGUCAAAGUUAGGAGAAAGGAGGAUGAAAAAGUAAAAGUGAGAAAGAAGAAAGAAGGAAGGGAAGAAAAAAUCAUCAAGGAAAGGGAAGAAAGAAAAAAAAAGAGUGGAAGAGUUUGAGGAAACACUAUGGGAAACUUAUGUAAAGAAAGAGAAUAAAAGAAUAUAUUUGAAAUUAAAGCAGAUUUGAUUAUGUUUGAUCAGCUUCUAACCCCGAAAACAUAUUCAUAACUAUUGUAUUGUAGUGGAGAAAUUUGUAUGCUGUUUUUUUUCAGUUUAUGGGUAUUGUUUACAUUAUAAAAUUUUUUUGGAUUUUGGUUCUUGGAUUUCUUAUAAUUGCAACAUUUAUAUUGACUGUUUUUUGGAAAAUGUGUAGUAGUUCUCAAGUACAAGAAAAACAUCAGUGUAUAGAUUUAACACAGUUCAGUAUGUAUAAUGCUUAAUCUUUUUAUUUUUAAAUAUAUAUGUUACUGUUAAAUAAUGUGAUAAUUAGGUCAGUAUGUAUAAUAAUUAAAAUAUUUGGUUAGUUUAAAAAUUAUGUAUAUGUUAUCAAAUUAACUAGUUAUUUUGCAUAACAGUUAAUAAUGAUACAUUUAAUGCAAUUAAAUAACUUUAAUAACUCUUAAAUAACUUUAAAUAAUUUAAUAACUCUUUAACUGGUAAUUACAUCCUUAGGCUCAUCACUAGCUGGUUGGGGAGCCAAAAUAAUGAGAGAGACAUAGUCUCAGGUUGACCUACUAAAAACCCAACCAAAAACCUAGUCGGUACCACGGGCGGGGGAGCCCCACUUCACGCCGGACCGGCCUGGCUGCUCCAGACUUAGUGCCCCUAGGUUCAGGAGCCUACUUGGCUGAAACGUGGUGGCUGUGGGACUGGCGCGAGAUAGUAAAGCUAAUCCACUGCACCUAGUGGGUGAAUGGGAACCGAGAAAGGUACGGGCCCUAAAAAGCCCGGGCCUGGUGUUCCCUAUGAAGACCCUGAACCAGCGGCGGUUGCCAUCAUAGCUCCUGUACCACGACCGCCUGCAAGUAGAGCCCAGGGCUACGAUGUGAGGCCCAGGGCUGUAGGCAUCAGCCAUAAAACCUGGAGAUCAGUUGAUAAUUACAUCCUCUUUAAAUAUGAUUUUUUUUUGAUAAAUAUUAAAUUGGUUAAAAUGAUGAAUUUAUCAUAUUCACUUGAGUAUAAUCAGAUUGUAUAAUAUAUUUUAGGAAAUUGUGAAUAAUUUAUUAUACUAACCAAACAUUUUGGAUAUUAUAUACAAUUAUAAAAUAACUAGUUAUUAGAAAAAAAUAUUAUUUAACUUAGUAACUUACUUACUUUAAUUUAGUUAAAUUUAUCUAAUUAACAGUAAUAUACACAAAUGCAUAUGUUGUAUACCUUAUUAUAUUUAAUAAUGUAUGUCUUUGUAUAAUGUGUAUGUUCUAUGAAUUUGGUUAAAAUUAUAUUUAAUAUUGUAUUUCAGUUUUUCUAUUUCCUCAAUCAAUACAUAUUGAUUAUUUGAAGAUUUGUGAAGCUCGAGACAUCAAGUUUUUUUGCAGGGAUUUUGUUGAAAAAUCAGAAUUUAUGUUUAUUUUGGGUACUUUUGGUGCUCUUCUAAUAUUAACAAGCCUGGUAUAAAUUUAUAAGCAGUAUAAUACCUUUUAUAUAUAUUAAUUCCUUAUCCUAUUUAACCUAAUCAUAUCAAGCAUCUAUUAUUGUUAUUAACAUUUUUAUUUUAUUGCUUAUAUUCAAUGAACUCAAUUGAACUCAUUAAUUUAACUUUUAUACAAUUUUGCUUCUAUUAUGAAAUUAAAAUUGAUUUCACAAUAAAAUGAUAGUUUAUUUCAUUAUAUUAAUUGUAUGCUUUGUAGGUUCAUUACCUGAUGUGUCUAUCAGCUAAUUAUGCACAUAUCAGGGAUCACGAAAAAUUUGAAGAAAUUCAAGAAUUAAGGCUUUUACAAGAUACAAAUUUCAGUUCAAAAGAAAGAUUUUAAACAAUAACUUUUUGCAAAUGCACAUAUCAUUACUCAUUUAAUGAUUAAUGAAUGGAUUACAGGGUUUAUUAUUUGUAAUUUACUGUCCUAAUGGCUAAUUAUCACUAAUAGUUAUUAUAUAAGCACUUGAGUAUCCAAUAGUGACAAUACUUUUUAUUGUGAAUUUCAAUUUAUUAUAAUUAUAAACUAUUUU